AUGGCACCGAAACUGGUGAAUGUGAGUGAGAAGAUGAGUAAAGAAGUGCGUUUUAGAGGAGUGAGGAAGAGACCGUGGGGUAGAUACGCGGCGGAGAUCCGUGAUCCGGUUAAGAAAACUCGGGUUUGGCUUGGGACUUUCGACACGGCGGAAGAAGCUGCUAGAGCUUACGACGCCGCAGCGAGAGAGUUUCGUGGCUCGAAAGCGAAGACAAACUUCCCUCUUAUCGGCGAGAAGUCGACGGUCUGCGACGGUGGAGGUAACGGUUCUUCUAAUGUCGUGGACCUGGAGGCGCGUGAGACGACGCGCCGGCUUGGGAUGGUUGGGAGAUUGCCGUUAGCAUGUCGCCGGCAUUUUAACGUGGCCGGUGUUUAUUAUCCGGCGACGACGGGUUUCUUCGAUCCGGCUAGGGCUGCUGCGUUGAGAGCUGAGCUUUCUCGGAUCUACCCGGUUCGGUUUGACCCGGUUGAUAUCGAGCUGAGUAUUGGUAAUCGAGCUACCGUAAAGGUUGAACCGGCGGCUUCCUCCGUCGUGUCUACCGCCGUGGAUUGCAAACCGAUGAGGGAACUAAACCUUGAUCUUAACCUAGCUCCUCCGGUUGACGUUUAG